CUCUGCCUCUUUUGCUGGAGUGUCUUCUACUCUAGAGAUGAGAAAGAGAGAUGGACUGACUGAUCAUGGUAUUAUUCCAUUUACACAAAUCACAGAAAGAGAACUGUAUGUUUCUAGACUAGCAUGAAGAUCAGAAACGCACUUUGUGUAUUUCUUGUUGAGCAUAAGGAUGUAAUAUGGACCAAUGUUCCAGAAUUUUUGGGGAUCCUAAAGAGGAGCAGCUGAAGUAUGACGGGCCGGUCGGCUGCUGAGGGAUCUCCCUGCUCUCAUCGUCUCUCUGUUCAAACUCAAGAGGAUGAGCAGGACCGAGCAGAGAGUGUGCUCAGCAGGUCUCAGUCUGCGUGUGAUGACACCUCAUCUGAACUGCAGCGAGUAGCUGCUCUAGAGCCCCAGGAUGCGCCAUCAAGAAACUCCUUUAGAGGAAGAGGAGCUCUGUCCAGGUUGGUGAGUCUGGUAGUGAUUCUGAGAGACUGGGCACACAGGAGUCUCGUAGAGGAAGAGGAGAGACCCGAUUCCUUCCUAGAGAGAUUCCGGGGCCCCGAAGUACGAGCCCCACCCAGUCGAAUUGGCAACAACCAACCAGAUGCCAAUGGAAAUACUAAGGGAAAUACAAAGAAACAAUGGGAGACAUUUAUAGUUUCUCCAUCCGACGAUAUUUACUACUACUGGCUCUUCUUCAUCGCUGCUGCUGUGCUCUAUAACUGGGUACUGCUUGUUGCCAGAGCAUGUUUUGAUCAACUUCAGACUGAGAAUCCUAUUGUCUGGCUGGUGUUUGACUAUAUGUGUGACUUUGUCUACAUACUGGAUUCAUGUAUGCGGCUAAGGACAGGUUACCUGGAGCAAGGACUUCUGGUGAAGGACCUAGCGAAACUCAGAGACAGCUACAUUCAUACAUUUCAGUUCAAAAUGGACGUUAUCUCCAUCCUCCCCACGGACCUGGCAUACAUCAUCUUGGGCAUCAACACACCACAGCUCCGCUUCAACCGCCUCCUGCGCUUCCCUCGUAUGUUUGAGUUCUUUAAUCGGACUGAAACGAGAACCAACUACCCAAACAUCUUCCGCAUCUGGAACUUGGUGCUCUACAUUCUGGUUAUUAUCCACUGGAAUGCCUGCAUCUUCUAUGCCAUCUCUAAGUCUCUAGGUUUUGGGUCAGAUCAGUGGGUUUAUCCCAACAUCUCAUCUACAGAGGAAGGAGCUCUGAGACGGAGUUACGUAUACUGCUUCUACUGGUCCACACUGACGCUGACCACCAUCGGAGAGAUGCCACCACCUGUACGGGACGAAGAAUAUGUGUUCGUAGUGUUUGAUUUUCUUGUCGGAGUGCUAAUUUUUGCCACCAUCGUAGGUAAUGUGGGUUCCAUGAUUUCCAAUAUGAACGCCACACGGGCAGAGUUUCAGGCACGGAUUGAUGCUAUUAAACAUUACAUGCACUUCCGCAAAGUCAGUCGCCAUCUUGAGACACGUGUCAUCAAGUGGUUCGACUACCUGUGGACAAAUCAGAAAGCGGUGGAUGAGCAGGAAGUUUUAAAGAAUCUUCCUGACAAGCUACGUGCAGAAAUUGCCAUCAACGUUCAUUUGUCUACUCUGAAGAAAGUUCGCAUCUUUCAAGACUGUGAGGCCGGGCUGUUAGUAGAGCUGGUUUUAAAACUGCGCCCUCAAGUGUACAGUCCUGGUGACUACAUCUGCCGAAAAGGAGACAUUGGAAAAGAGAUGUAUAUCAUUAAAGAGGGAAAAUUAGCAGUUGUUGCCGAUGAUGGAGUGACACAGUUUGCAUUGCUAACAGCUGGAGGUUGUUUUGGCGAGAUUAGCAUUCUUAACAUUCAGGGUAGUAAAAUGGGAAACCGCCGGACGGCUAACAUUCGCAGCAUCGGCUACUCUGACCUCUUCUGCCUUUCAAAGGACGACUUAAUGGAGGCCGUAACCGAAUACCCAGAUGCUCAGAAGGUUCUGGAAGAGCGUGGAAGGGACAUUCUGAGGAAGCAGGGGCUUCUGGAUGAAAGUGCUGCACAGGGAGGUAUGCUUGUCAUGGAUACAGACGAGAAGGUUGAACGUCUUGAAGGCUCACUGGAUGUUCUACAAGCACGUUUCGCACGGUUGCUCGGGGAGUUCACAGCGACUCAAAGCAGACUGAAACAAAGAAUCACAGCGCUUGAGAGACAACUGUGUCAUACGGGCCUUGGGCUUGUUUCAGAUCAAGAGAUGGACUUUGAGAGUAAUGCUAACACACCACGAGCUAAUUCAACUGCAUAGAAAUGUGCAUCCUCACCAUGAAGAUUGUGUGCCUCUGUUUCACAUGCAGGAUUAUAUUUCUAGUUGUACAUAAAUUCACAGUUACAGACAUUUGCUUUUUCAAACACGUUCCAACAGCCUCCAGCUUUUAGACUUUUUUUUCAAGUAUGGUCUUUAAUGGAAUUUUUUCAGAGAAGACAGCAUAUUUAAUUUUCCCUAAAUGAAACUGAAGCUGUGAGAGAUAGAUGUCCUUCAAUAUAUCGUCAGUGUUGUUAUUAACUAAAAAAAAUCCAUCCAUCCAUUCUCCAAACCCUGAAUAUAUAAUAUAAAUAUUAGAUAAAAAAAAUAAAUUUAAAAUCCAAUGAAAAUGAGAAAUGUUGCACUGGCAACUAAU